AUGAGCAAGGACUGGUUCAUGGCGCUGCCCUCCAGCCUCGACGGUUUAACCGAAGGGGAACUCUACAGCAAAUACGGAGCACCCGAACCUGAAGCGGUGGUCCGGUCGGACGGCGAGCCUCUUGGGCCGGGUGUUCCGUCCCAGGCCGUGCCGCCGGUGUGGCUCGGGGAUAGUCCAGAGAUAAUCGGGCUUUCUGAAGCAAGCCUCUUGCUCAGCGAUUUUGGGGUCGCCUUCCGGCCGGCCGCCGAAGUACGAUUCCAAUCCUACACGCCGCUCGAAAUUCGCCCACCGGAAGCCCGAUUCGAGCCUGAGAACGCGCUCUCUUUCGCCUCCGACAUUUGGAGCGCAGGGUGCACAAUCUGGGCCAUGCUCGCCCAUCGGUCAUUGUUCGACGUGCUCCUCGCAACGGAUGACGAUGUCGCGGCGCAAUGGGUUGAUGUGCUGGGUCCUUUGCCUGCCGAGUGGUGGGAGAAGUGGGAAGCGAGGUCGAAAUACUUCGACAACGCCAACCAGCCGGUGGAAGGUCGAUGGGCGUGGUCGUUUGAUCAAAAGUUUGAGGAGUGGGUGCAGGGGCUUCGGCGAAAGAAAGGUAUGACGACCGUGGAGGACAGGGAGAAGGCGGUCUUUUUGGCGAUGCUGAGGCGGAUGCUGGCGUUUAGGCCUGAGGAUCGGCCCAGUGCCAAGGAGGUGCUGGAAACGGAGUGGAUGAGGGAAUGGGCUUUGCCAGAAUAUGAGAGGACGGCGAGAUGA